CCUAGUUUGAGUCAGUUGCAAAUAGACUGCUCAUCAGUAGAGAUCGGUUUUUCCUUCUAAGUACUUUACUUUCGAUAGUUGUACAAUUUUUGGAAGUAACAAUUCAGAAUGACGAUAGCAAUCCAGUAAACUCACAUUUUUACUCGGAAAAACAUAAAAAGAAAAAUGCUUAAAAGUUAGGAAAAAACCGAGAGUGUUGAGUAAGAAUUUUAAAAAUUUACUUUGCUUCUAACAAGCCUUAGCUUAAUCUUCCAAGUCUAUUUUACUGAUUUCUGUGAGAGAAGCACACCGUAAAACCUAAAAAAAUUACAGCAGAAACGUAAUAUAAAGUGAUAUGUCUAAUAGUAUUUCCGUGACCGAAGAUGUUAGUAAUAGGGAAGAAGAUGAUGGUGAUUUACUAAGCAGCGGUUAUGUUGCCCGAGCAAAUACGGGCAACAAUAGUCGGCAACAGAAUUUGGAAAUAGAAACUUUAUUAACCAGAGAGAGAACUCCGCUCUCGGUUAUUAUUACAAGUAAAACAGCAACAAUGGCGACACCCUCUAAGAAUCAAAUAUCGUUAGAAAACGAACGUGGCUCGUGGUCGUCGAAACUAGAUUUUAUACUGUCAGUGGUCGGCCUAGCUAUCGGCUUAGGCAAUGUAUGGCGUUUUCCCUAUUUAUGUUACAAAAAUGGUGGUGGGGCAUUUUUACUGCCUUACUUUAUGACACUUAUUCUAGCAGGAAUACCAAUGUUCUUUAUGGAGUUGGCGCUUGGCCAAAUGCUGACAAUUGGUGGUCUAGGCGUAUUUAAAAUUGCUCCCAUUUUUAAGGGUAUUGGUUACGCAGCUGCCGUGAUGUCAUGUUGGAUGAACGUUUAUUACAUCGUAAUUUUAGCGUGGGCCGUAUUUUAUUUCUUUAUGUCAAUGCGUUCAGAUGUGCCCUGGAGAUCAUGUAAUAAUUCUUGGAAUACGGAAAAUUGUGUUAAUCCAUAUGCACGCAAAGAUCUCUUGUGUUGGGAUGAAAUGAUAAACAAGUCUACAACAAAAAUUUGCUCAUUAGUGACGGGAAAUAUAACUGCAUCGGAAUUAACCGAUCCGGUUAAAGAGUUUUGGGAGAGAAGAGCACUACAAAUAUCUAGCGGUAUAGAAGAAAUUGGUAACAUACGUUACGAAUUAGCUGGAACGUUAUUAUUAGUCUGGAUUGUAUGCUAUUUUUGUAUAUGGAAAGGAGUCAAAUGGACUGGCAAAGUAGUGUAUUUUACAGCUUUAUUUCCUUACGUGCUGCUUACGAUACUUCUGAUACGAGGCAUUACUUUACCGGGAGCUUUUGAAGGCAUCAAGUUUUACGUAAUACCCAAUUUUAGCAAACUGACAGAAUCCGAGGUAUGGAUCGACGCAGUCACGCAAAUAUUCUUUUCUUAUGGCUUGGGGCUAGGAACGUUAGUGGCUCUAGGCAGUUAUAACAAAUUUACUAAUAAUGUGUACAAAGACGCGCUAAUUGUUUGUUCUGUGAAUUCCUCUACGAGUAUGUUCGCUGGGUUUGUCAUAUUUUCGGUGGUUGGCUUUAUGGCACAUGAACAACAAAGGCCAAUAUCCCAAGUAGCCGCUUCUGGUCCGGGUUUGGCCUUUUUAGUGUAUCCCUCUGCUGUUUUACAGUUACCGGGUGCUUCGCUUUGGUCUUGUCUUUUUUUCUUCAUGCUUUUGCUUAUCGGCUUGGACUCUCAGUUUUGCACAAUGGAAGGUUUUAUCACGGCCAUCAUUGAUGAAUGGCCACAAUUAUUGCGAAAGCGUAAGGAAAUUUUUAUAGCAGUGGUUUGCGUCCUUAGCUACUUAGUAGGUUUGUCGUGUAUAUCUCAGGGUGGCAUGUACGUUUUCCAGAUACUUGACUCCUACGCUGUUAGUGGUUAUUGCCUCCUUUGGCUGAUAUUUUUUGAGUGUAUUUCAAUAUCUUGGUGUUACGGCGUCGACCGUUUUUAUGAUGGCAUCAAAGAUAUGAUUGGUUAUUACCCUAUGGUUUGGUGGAAAUUUUGCUGGUGCAUUACGACCCCAUUCAUAUGUGUGGGUGUAUUCUUCUUUAAUAUUGUCCAAUUUACACCGGUUAAGUACCUGGAUUAUAACUAUCCAUGGUGGGCACACGCUUUUGGUAUUUUCACUGCUUUGUCAUCCAUGCUCUACAUACCUGGAUAUAUGGUUUGGCUUUGGAAAGUGACUCCAGGGGACACUGCUUCGAAAAUCCGGACAAUCGUAAGAAUAGAUGAAGACGUAAAAAGUUUACGUGAGAAGAUGCAACAAGAGACCACCAAACAAGCAGAAAUUUAUAGUCUGUAGAAAACUGUUUGAAGCGCAAACUGAAACAUUUUUUUGCAUCGGUUCUUUGAUUACAUAUUUUUUAUUUUAUUUUUAAUAUUUUUUUUUUUUUAAAUUUAUUUGUAUGGUAACGUAUACAUUAGUUUUCUAAGAAUAACGGUUUCAUAUUUUCUUACAAACUCUGCAUUUGAGAUGCCUGUCUUGGUCGACUCAUAUGAAAGUCUACAUAUUUAUAUAAUUUUCAUUCCCUUUUUGUAAGUCCAAAUAUUUUUUGCAAGUAGCAUUUUCAAUACUAGUUAACAGUUUCCAACCUUCACAUAUAUAGUACUUUACAACUAUAAUCUAAUCUUACCUAACUAUAAAUUCUUUUUACAUUGCUAAAGUACUCAUGUAAGUUGUAUUGCUAUUACCGGUCAAAUUUUAAUUUUUCGAACUUUGGUAAUAUUAAAGACAUUCUCGCUUGAUUGAAAAA